CAACGCAUUCCUGCUUUCCUAAAACUGCCUGACUUCCGAGAAACGUUGAGGCCAAUAUUUAACCCUGCCCUUUAACGUUUCUCGCAAGUCAGAGAGUUUUAGGAAAGCGGCAUUCAGUUUCAGUUUCAGUUUUCCAGCAUAAAAGCAGCGACGCUCUCUUCACAAUCUCGACAGACUCCUGGUCGACAGUCAGAGUGAGCCUCAAGUGACAAACCAGCUGGCACCUUACUACUUAACAUGGAUGCGCAAAUUGCGAAGACCACUCAGAGUCUCACCUCUGCAGCAGAGAUGCGGGAAACCACCCAGAUGCUGAUGCAGCCCAAUGCAAACUGGGAGGAGUACCUGACCCCUGCUCCCCUCUCUAUUGCCAUCAUGGGGGAGCUGGUCUUCAUCUCCUCAGGUACUGACUUCUCCAUCAACAAGAACCCCCCACCAAAGGGCUUCAAGUACAUAAAGUACCCAGACUCCUUCAGGGCCUGUCUUAUGCAAAUCUGUAACUCAGGCUGGCACGCAUUCAACGAGGCCCACAAGAAUAUGGAUCAGAUCCGCAUUCACACGGCCACAGUUCCUGAUUACAUGAAGGCAGCAGUCAAGAUCCUUUUCCAGGGCAAUGAUGAAGUUAUUGAAACUCUCCUGCCUAAUCAACUGGAAAACAUCCGUACCAUUGCAGAUGAGUGCGUGACACUGGCAGAAGGUGUUGAAAAUAAAUAUUCUAUCGUCAUCAAUUUAAUCCAGGAGCUGUUGGAGGCCUGUGUCAAUGCUGAACACUUUCAUGGAGAAGAGCUGGAGAAAGUUAAGAUGAAACUGAAGGAAAAUGAAAUGAGAGAGAAGAGUGCCAAAUUGCUGAAUGAACGGUCCAAGAAAGCAAUGGAGAACAUGUCAAAGCAAUUGGAAGAUGCACAAGAUGAGUACAAGAAAUCAAUGGAUACCCUUCCCUCUGGGUGGGAAAUGAUUGGGAUGGAUUUCGUCGGAGGAAUCACAGAGACCGUGACAGGAAUGGUCAGUGGAGUCACUGCUUUAAUAACUGCUCCAGUGAGAUUAGCCUGCAGUGCAGUAGAGACCGUCUCAACAACAUACCACAACAUCAAACCACAAGAGGUGGCCGUAGAUAUGGUCUCACAAAUGACAAUCUGCAGCAAGUCUGGAGAGAUUAUUUCCAUUAUAGCUACCCUCAAACAAUUUGUCAAUGACGGUAAAAUAGACUGGCACAAUCUCUAUGAUCAGAAAAAUAAAUGUACAAAGACUACAUGGACCGAGUCUCUAUUCCAAAGGAUGUCUGAGGACUUGAAGAGGAUGCCCCAGUGCGAACUAAAGAAGAAAGCUGUGUCACUUUGUAACAGGGGCAUCACCAUCUGUAGACAGCUGGCAACGUAUCAGCCAGAUCAGAAGUGGGAUGAGAAAAAAACGAAACAGCUCAUAAAGAACUUGCAGGAGCUGAAUGAUGAUGCCCUCGAAUUUGACUGUAAUAGUAAGGCCACAUCAGGUUGUCCUGCUCUUACCCCCAAACCACCCAUGAUGUCCAAAGCAGAGAACAACAGCUCAGGACGGCAGUCUGCCGGUCAGAGAGCAUCUGAGAAUGCCCGUUUCCGCAUCGAGCAGACCAGAGAACAACUCAAACAAACACGGGACUCGUAUGAGAAGUGUGUGGAGAACAUGGAGAAGAAUCAGAAGGAGAUGACUGAUAUCCUGGUUGAAAUGCAGAACUGCAAGAUCAAAGAGAUUGACUUUGACACCACCAUCAAAAUGCUGGUCAAGGGUCUCGAUGCCAUGGGCAGAGUCAAGAUACAGUGGGAGAAGAUGGUGCGCUUCUUCCAGAUGGUCUCCACCCUCGUGAAAACCAGCCUCAGCAAGACACUGCACAAUUUUGUCACAACAGCUGAUGACUCAAAGAAACUUUCUUACAACAGCAAGCUCUUUGCAAAAGACCUCCUGUACAACCAGGCCUAUCAAGCCUCCAACAUCGCCAGCCUGGUCCAUAUGAUCUCAGGGACCUACACCGACGUGUCCAACAAGUACCUGAUGGACAAAGUCAGCAGUCUGGGCAAGCUCAUGGCCAUGGAUAAGAGCAAACCAGAGUUCCUUCAAGAGCGUCUGAACCUGCAGGAGACCUGCCAGGCAGCUCAGGGCAGCAUCCUUCAGCUGGUCCUGAAGAACAAGAAAGAAUUUGAGAGGAAAACCGAUGCCAGGAUGGCAAAAAUAGAGGGCGAGCUGAAAGCCAUUCUGCCAGCUGCUCAGCCCCAGGAGACUGAGAGAAUCAAGGAAAUAGUUCAGGCCGGGUUUGAAGAUGGGGGAUUUGGCGAAGAAGAACUAGAGAAUCUCUUCUGAUUCAAAUUAUUUUAUUACACCACAUUUUCCAUAAACUACAAAGGGUUAGAGAAGUGAAUUACAUAGUAUGCUUAAAAAUACAAAAAAGUAGUCAUGUUUUCAAUCUAAUAUUUGCAGAUAAAUAACGCGUUAUAAUGAAUUAUGCAGUAUAUAUUCUUAUAUGGUUUUUUAAUUUCUUGAGUGUAAUGUGCUCUAAGAUACCAAGUCUGUAAGAAACACAACACAGCUGACAACCUUGUGUACCUUUGUGAAAUGAGUCGGUCAGACAGUUGAGAAUCAUGAAGUAAGACAUCAGUAAUCUAAGAAUCUUCUGACACUGUAGUCUAGAUGUUGGGAUCAAUAUAUGAGUCUCUAGAUAAUCAUGUUAUAUCAGUUUGGUUGCGAUUAGCAAGUAACCAAAGUUAGCUGUCAUUGGUGUUAGGUAAUGUUUAGCUGGCGAUACACUCCUUUGUUACUUCCUUAUAGUUUAUUUACAGAUGCUACUAAUAAGUCUGUAAUCGAUGUGACAAUGUACACCUUAGUAAAGCAUGAAUCAGUGUCAUCCUGUUAGAUUUGUAUGUUCAUAUAAGCCAAGACAAAGUGAUAAAAAAAUAAUUUUCAAGAGACACUAAUGAGAUCACACGUUAUUUAUAUGUUAUGUUAUGCUAGGAUGUUGUGCGGUGUCUUUUCAUAAGAAUUUCAGUGCCCAGUCUGACUCUGUGUUGUUCUGUGCAUCUGACAAUAAAAUACUUGAACUUGUGAA